CAGAGGGCCAGCCAGAGCACAAGGAGGUGAAGCAAGACAGACGUGAGCACGAAGAAGACUUUUAUUCAGCACAAAACAACUUGAAAGGAGAUGUCAACCUGAGAGUUUCACCACCUGUGGAUCAGAGACGGCAGGACGGGGCAGUAUGGGGCACCCUAAUGUGCCUCUCACAUACAAACAUGCACGGACUCACAAAGAUAAACACAUAACCAGUCGACUGCAACCCUACACACCAAACGACAAUCUGAACAAUGCACUAGGUGCUAUCAGAGUACUUGGCAUGGAGCUGAUUGAAGAUGAGCUGAAACCCCACCUCAACACAGUGCUGGCUAACAUUAAGGAGAGGAAAAAAGGCGCUGCUGAGCAGGUAGUAAUCAGCGGCAUCCUGCCGAUCCUGGCCUUGUCUCUGAGGAAAAGGGGGCCUCUGACUCUGCUGACUGCAAAACUGGUGGCUGAGCUUGCCAAGGAAUCCGUGGUUCGCAAAGGUUUCGGGGAUGCAGGCUUGGUUACGGCUCUGCUUUCUGUGCUGACCAGUACAAAUGAAGAGCUGCUCAUUUACGCCGCGAGAGCCAUCUCACGCAUGUCUUAUGACAGCUCUAAGCAGCAGGAACUGUUACUACGGCGAGGUGCGGUGCCUCGUCUUGUUGCCAUUCUCCUUCGAUUUCCUGAUAGAGAAUUCCUGGAGGAGGUGUGCCUUCAGGCCCUCUGUAACCUUAGUGGCAUGGCAGUGGCAGAGGAGGCUGGAAUGAUCUGGGAGAGAGGAGCGUCCGUGAGGCCUGGGGAGUCCGUGUUUCAUGGCGUUUCUCCUCACACGUGUGGUUUUGCCUCUUCCGUAACUCUGGUUCGUGUGUCUCAGUGGGGUCCGGGUCAGUAUGUGGUCAGCAUCGAGGACUUCCAGCGCUGCUCCUCUUCUUUCUGGAACCUUCACGGGAACAAACGGGCCACACGUUGGUUCCCAUUCUUCAGUUUGGGCAGCUGUUCAAAUUUUUUGAAGGUGAUCAAGUUCUCUACGAGGAACGUUCCUCGGACAAAGAGUCUGAAGACCAGAGUGUUCCACACAUUCUUGUGAUGGCUUAAAAGCGGUAAACAUGGUGGCCAAAACUAACUGAACUUAAAAUUAAAUAAAAAAAAAAUAAAUAAAAAAAAAGCAACUGCUUUAAUGACGGGCUUCAUCAACCGCAGAAGUCAGACGUUUGGGAUCAGCAUUACAAACACUGUUCCUGUACAACCAUUCGGAAAACCAGUCAAGUCUCUUUAGUAAACAAGUUGGUCAGUCUUAGCAAUACCUACGUGUUGGUUGCAACAAAUGCAACAAACACACUAGUCAUUAUGUUCUCAAAGUUAACAAAGAACAGGUGGAUCGUACUAUAUGAGUGACUGAUUUAAUGACAUGCGAGUAGUCAGGAAUGCUAAUAAAAUAUUACUGCAGUUUUCUCACCGUGUGUCUGAAAUAUGAUCUUCCAGUCAGAAUUUCCCAGUGGCAACUCAAAUAUUCUGGCUUUCCAGUUAAUGUGAAAUGCAUAAAUGUCUCUUUACAAUUCCUGUUUCCAUUUCCGUUUGUUAGUCAAAUUUAAAGUUUACAGAAAUCAGGCAGUUUUGCUAAGAAAAAAAGGGCUUUCACUUCCACAUGUUUAUGGUAAAAUAUUCAGUAACAGUUUAGAACAAAAUAUGGUUCAUCUAGUGGGAAAAUGACAACUACAAAUAAAAGAAAAUCACAGAAAAAUCGGUAUUUAAAUAUGAUGUAAUAAUGAUGCACAUCCCAGCAAUUUGUUCACAAGUGCUUGAAAUAUUGAGAAUGUUUUUUCUACAGCACAUAGAUUUAAUUUUUAAUUAUGGCCUCAUUUAAUGUUUCUCUAUAUUGAAAUCA